AUGCAAGCUUACAUCUGUUCCAUUCUACCUGCUAGGCUGAUUGACGCAUCACAGAACCGGCGGGUGAAACUGAGCAGUGCAACACCCUUUACACCCACUUACGUCAAGGAUCAUAUAGCCAGAUCCGCAGAUCGCGAGUUUUUGUAUAAGAGCCGGGUUUUAACACGCCAGGUGGUACUCGAGGAUCGUGUCCAAAUCAAGCAGGAACGGGAAGCGCAACGACUUAAGCGGAAGGCGAGAAGAGACGCUGCCAUCUCCUCUGCUCGGUAUAAGCGGCAGAACAGCCUAUGGCAUCUCAGUCCAGCGGAAACCAGAUUUGAACUGUUUCUCCCGUUGCACUCUUUGUGGAUGGGUUACAUGUCCGAGCUUCUUGCGCUGCCUCCUGCACCCUCAACCCCAAUUAACAGCCAAGCCGCUAGCAUGGCGGCACCGAGCGCCGCAUCAAUGCAUGCGAAGCUCGUUAAAGCCGAUUUUAAUGGCUCUCUCUUGACUGUGCGGCAAAGCAAGAACCCGUGCCUUGUAGGUCUAUCGGGCAUUGUCGUUCAUGAGACAGAGAACUCCUUCAAAGUGGUCACUAAGAAAGAUCAGCUGAAACUGAUCCCGAAGCAAAAUUCUAUCUUCACCUUCGCUGUCCCACUGUUUGCCGCAUCCUCCACUGCCUCCAUUUCGUCAUCCGCUGCAAACACCGGCGGCGCUGCGUCGGAUUCGGCCGAAGGUUGUGCCAGCGCUAAUGCGAAGGCCAUCCCUACAGUCCUUGAUCUGCCUCACAUAGAGUUCGAACUCUACGGAAAUCAGUUUUGUUACCGCGCUGUUGAGCGAGCGGGUCGUAAAUUCAAGCCCAAAGAAACAAUAGAGUUGUAA